AUGCAUGACGCUUACGAAAAAACAUCAGUAUUAAAUAUUUCUGUUCAAAUAGAAUCUAUGGCUGCAUAUGAUGACAAUUUGUUAAUUGGUACAAGAGAGGGUCAUCUUCUUAUGUAUAAUGUUCCUUCUGUAACAGACGAAAGUCAUAAGUUAGAAAUACUGCGACACAGUAAGAAUUUUAACAAAAAACGCAUCACACAAAUUGAUGUUGUUCCAGAAUAUAAUUUACUGAUAAUCUUAACAGAUAAUAUUGUUUGUAUACAUGAUUUAAAUUCUCCAAAUUUUCAACAAAUUUCUCAGUUGCCAAAAACACGUGGUGCUACCAUAUUUUGCUUAAACGUACAAUCAAUUCAGAAUUUACUUGGCGAAAAAGCAACAGAUGUAUAUUUAUGUGUUGCUGUAAAACGUAAGCUACAGUUAUAUACUUGGAAGGGAAAGAAAUUUGAGGAAUUCAAUGAUUUUGAAUUAACUAUACCAGAUAUACCACGUGACUUGUCUUGGUGUGGAGACUCACUGAUUUUGGGUUUUCGUGGUCUAUCAUACACAAUAUUGGACUUAAAUGGAAAACCUAAAGAAUUAUUUCCAACUGGAAAGUCACCUGAACCAAGUAUUACAAAAUUGUCUGAUGCUUCAUUCCUAUUGGGAAAAGAUUCUCAGUCAUUUAUCAUGGACACAAAGGGUGAAUUAAUUCAACAUAAUUCAGUAAAGUGGUCAGAUACACCAAGUGCAAUAGCUUGGGAUGAUCCUUACCUACUAGGAAUUGUGCAUGACAGAUUAGAAGUAUACACUAUAGAGGACUGUGUACACAUUCAAACAAUAAAGGACAUGAACAAAGCUAGACUCAUAUGUAGAUGUAAGCAGGGAAAGUUUUUUGUAGCUUCAAUCAGUCAUAUUUGGUCUGUGAGAGCAGUUGAUGUAACAUUUAAAAUUAGAACACUACUUGAACAAAAGCAAUUUCAGCUGGUACUGAAAUUAACUAGUUUAUCAGACAUAACUGAAGAAGAAAAAAUUAAACAAACGUACAAAAUACAAACGUUAUACGCGCAUCAUCUUUUCGCUAACAAAAGAUUUCAAGAGGCGAUGGACUUGUUUUUAAAGUUGGGGACAGAUCCGUACGAAGUAAUCACAUUAUUCCCUGAUUUAGUUACCCCGUCGAGUAAUAGUUCAAAACUUAAUGAACCAACACCAAGUUUGCCUGCACUACAAGAUCGUGACUUAGAAAACGGCUUACGUGCGUUAAUAGUUUUUCUUACGAAUGUUAGAGAUAAAUUAGUGAGUGACACAAAGUCAAAAGAGAAGGAUAACAGCAAAGAAAAAGCUGUGGUUGAUGGAGAAAAAAAUAUGACAACAGUAGCUAUCGAGCAGCUUUUAAAAAUUAUUGACACAACUCUUUUAAAAUGUUAUUUACAGACCACUGAUGCAUUGGUAGCACCGUUGCUUAGAUUAAAUCAUUGUCACCUAGCGGAGGCAGAGAAAACAUUGUUAAUGCAUCAAAAGUAUCCUGAGCUCAUUAUAUUAUACGAGACUAAAGGGCAACAUAGAAAAGCGUUAGAACUUCUCGAGAAACACGCGAAAGAAAACGAUCCUAGUCUGAGGGGUACUGAAAGAACAAUACAGUACUUGCAACAUCUUGGUAAAGAUCAUAUGGAUUUAAUUUUGAAAUUUGCCGGAUGGGUCUUGAACGAGGAUCCAGAGCAAGGACUUCGAAUAUUUAUGGAAGAUAUACAGGCAGUUGAACAAUUACCAAGACCAAAAGUAUUGGAUUAUCUUCUUCGUUGCCACAAAGAUCUAGUUAUAACAUAUACAGAACACGUGGUACAUAUUUGGGAAGAUACCAAUCCGCUGUACCAUAAUGCUUUAAUACAUCAGUAUAAAGAGAAAUAUUUAGCAGCAAUGAGCGACAACGCUACACCGGCUGAGAAAGAAGCAGCGCAGCAUAUUAGACAGAAAUUACAACAGUUUUUGGAGAAAUCAGCACAUUACACUCCAGAAACAAUAUUACUGCAGUUUCCAUUUGAUAAUUUGUUCGAAGAACGUGCAAUUAUUCUUGGACGACUCGGACGUCAUCAACAAGCCAUAUCAAUAUAUAUUAAUGUUCUUAAUGACAUACCAAAGGCGAUUGAUUAUUGUCAUAAUGUAUACACCAAAUAUCAAAAUCAGGAGAAUGCAGAUAAACAAAAACCAUCUGACGGUAUAGAAGAGGUUUAUAUGAUAUUGAUACAACAGUUACUGAAGCCUGAUACUGGAUGCAAUCCAGAGAUUCAACGAACAGCGCAACCGGAUUUGGAAAUGGCACUUAAGUUACUCGAAAAACAUGCGGCAAAAAUAAAUCCGUUGAAAGCUUUAGAAGUCCUGCCCGAUACAGUUCCUAUAGGUAGAAUAAAGCACUUCUUGGAAGUCAGUUUGCAGGAGAAAUUGAACACUAGGAGACGGAUACAGGUUUUGAAGGGUUUGCUUUAUGCUGAACAUUUGCAAGUGCAAGAACAACGUAUGCAUUAUGAGUCGCAGAGCGUCCUUAUGACAGAAUUUAACAUAUGCCCAGUAUGCAAGAAGAGAUUUAUGAAUGAGAGUGCGUUCGCCAGGUAUCCGAACGGCGACAUUGUACAUUACUCGUGUCAAGAUCGUAAAGGAUAGAGAGGGAGAGAGC